AUGGUCAAACCACUCAGUUUCAAGGGCGACAAGAAGGUCAAGAAGCGCAAGCGCACUCGAGACGAAGAUGUAGACGGCGAUGGCCCUGCGGCGAAGGACAUGAAGGCUGGCGCAUCGCAGCAGCAGGAUGACGACGAAUCGUGGGUGUCUGCAGAUGCAGUGAGCGACGUCUCAGGCCCCGUCAUAUUUGUGCUGCCGACCAAGCCGCCGACCUGUUUGGCUUGCGAUGCCAAUGGCAAGGUGUUUGCCAGUGCGCUCGAGAACAUGGUCGACGAGUCGCCCUCGACGGCCGAGCCACACGACGUUAGGCAAGUCUUCGUAGCAAACCGCAUCGCAGGCACCGACACGUUUAGCUUCAAGGGACAUCAUGGCAACGACAAGUUUGGCGUUCUCUCAGCCACACGCGACGCGAUUUCAUCCGAAGAGCAAUUCACAUUGCUGCCGUCCGACUCUCUCCUCUUCAGCAUACGCACAACACGCGACAAGCUCCUCUCUGCUACCAGCGACAAGACGGUCGAGAUCAGAGCCGACGCCGACGACGACUCCAGCCCAACAUGUGCCAUCAGGCUGCGCAUGCAAGCACGCUUCAAGCCUGUCCACAAGGCUGCCAAGGAGGAGAAGGCCAAUGAGAAGAUCAGCAGAGCCCAACUCGAGCAAGCCGUUGGUCGCAAGCUUGAAGACAACGAGGUCAAGCUCUUGAAGAAGGCCUGGAGAGAUGGCACAUAUCACGAAGCUUUGCUUGACGUCAAAGUCAAGGGCAAACAUGACAAGUUCGCCUGA